AGCAACUGUGAAUUUGAAAACCAGUUCGCUGCGAGACCCAGCCAACCGUUAGUGUGACGUUGCAUUUCGUCCACUUCAGAAAUAACGACAACAAAUCAAACUACCCACACACUGCGCACGAUAGCCAUCUUCAUUUCUCUCUCUUUCUCUUUGGUGAAGAAGAAGGAAACUGUCAAAAUAGAUCGAGUUCAUGGCAAUGAAGUCAUUUGUCUUAACAAUUUUGGUUGGAUUAUCGCAUGCACUCUAUGACGGUAAUCAUGAUAUAAUCCAAUUAACAGAAUCGAAUUUCAAUAACAAAGUGUUGAAAAGCGAUGAAAUAUGGAUUGUUGAAUUUUUUGCGCCGUGGUGUGGUCACUGCCAGAAAUUAGUUCCCGAAUAUAUGAAGCUGGCAAAUGCCUUGAAAGGUAUUUUCAAAGUUGGAGCGGUGGACAUGACUCAACAUCAGUCAGUGGGUGCUCCCUAUAAUGUACAAGGCUUCCCUACAAUUAAAAUAUUUGGUGCUAAUAAAAAGGUUCCAAUGGAUUACCAAGGUCCUCGAACGGCACAGGCGAUGGCAGAAUCACUAAUAAAUGAGCUUCGGAAAACAGUAAAUGCGAAACUGGGUGUUAGCGAUUCAAGCAAGUCGAGUAGUUAUAAUGAUAAGAAAGGCAGUGGUAAACAUGUGAUUGAAUUGACCGACAGCAAUUUUGAGGAAUUGGUGCUUCACAGUAAGGAUAUUUGGAUUGUGGAAUUCUUUGCACCUUGGUGUGGUCAUUGUAAAGCUUUGAAACCACAUUGGGAAAUGGCUGCUUCGGAAUUGGCAGGUAAAGUAAAGGUUGGUGCUUUGGAUGCAACGGUGCAUCAAGCGAUGGCAUCGCGUUUUGGUAUCAAAGGUUUUCCAACGAUCAAAUUUUUCGCACCGGGUUCAAGCGCUAGUGACGCCGAAGAUUACGUUGGUGGACGAACCAGCGAUGAUAUUGUCCAGUAUGCACUUAACAAAGUAGCUGAAAAUAUGCCAGAACCAGAAGUUAUGGAAGCAGUUUCACAAGAAGUUGUCGAUAACGCUUGCAAAGAAAAGCAGCUUUGUAUAAUUGCUGUGCUGCCGCAUAUUCUUGAUUGCCAAAGUAGCUGUCGAAACGAUUACUUAGAGGUUUUGAAAGAAUCGGCAAAAAAAUUCAAACGAAAUAUAUGGGGUUGGCUAUGGACAGAGGCAGGUAAACAAACUGAACUGGAGGAAGCAUUUGGCAUGGGUGGUUUCGGUUAUCCGGCUUUGGCAGCGCUGAGCUAUCGUAAAAUGAAAUUUUCGAUGUUAAAAGGUUCAUUUGGUGUCUUCGGAAUUCAAGAAUUUUUAAGGGAUCUUUCUUAUGGUAAAGGUCAAACGGCACCGGUGAAAGGUGCAGAACUCCCGAAGAUCUUGCUUGUUGAACCAUGGAAUGGCAAGGAUGGCGAGAUGCCUGUUGAAGAAGAUAUCGAUGUUUCAGAUAUUGAUUUGGAUGAGGAAGAAAAGCCGAAAAAAACUGAACUGUAGGAAAACCUCUCACCUCUUCCCAAAUUGCAGUUUCUUUUUAUCGUGAGUUAUCAAAACGGUGACAUGCUUCACACUUAUUUCUCUCUCUUUCAGUGGCAUAUUUAUGCAUUACGAAAUUUUCUUAAAAUUUAAAAAACUUGUUCUUUGUAAGAAGUGGAUCUUACUGCUAAUGUUAUUUAAAAAAAAAAACCUUAACCUAGCAGAGAUUAGUUUAAACAGCUUUACUUUGAGUAAUGUUAGCCUAGAGUGCUGCUUUGUUCUCACGAGCGCGAGUGAUGCAAUGCGUGUCGAUGUUUUACUGUUCUUGACAAAAACAUAAUAUCGAAUGCACCUUGCGCAUAUUGUCAAUUUCAGCUGCAUUCAUAAAUUCAGCUGCAUCAUUAAUGCUAUACAAAUAUCUAACUAGCAUUAUUUUAACUUAUAAACUCGAACGAUGUUAAAUAGGCCGUUGUUACUUUUAUUUGUUAUUUCUUAUGUAUGCAUCA